AUUUCAGCGAUUUGUUGAUUAGUUUGUGGUUGAACUGGUAACCGGAGUGUUAUUGAAUACGGAAGUGAAAAUGUGGCGAUUUUUACCAGUAGCCUUCCUGGCUGUUAGUGCGGCGGUGCUUAUACCCGGAGUGCCACAGGAUUUUGCCGCUAACGAUAUUGUGCUCUCUGCCAUUUCGGAUGAGAUUGCACAAAAAUUAUCGGAAGAAUACAUAAAGUACUACAGGACAGGGAUUGAAUCUGCAGCGUUACGACAAAUCAGCGCACAACUGGCAAAGGCGCACACUAAAAAGGAUCUUUUCACCAAAGAGCUGGAUCAAUUGUCUUUAGCUGAUCAAUUUGUUGCUUGCACCACUUGUCGCGCAACAGCUAAUGUUAUCGCGCGUACGUUUCGAGAGGAAGAUGGUCCGGAGGCCGAUCAGAAAUUGAAAGCCAUUGCUUUGGACGCCUGUCUUAGGCUGGAAUUGCAAACUGCGGAAGUGUGUGAAAACCUGAUUGAUUUUAAUCUCGACAGUGUUAUCUACAUAGUCAAGAAUACGAAGAUCGAUUCACGUACAUUCUGUUCGUUAUUCAUGCAAUUCAAUUUCUGUAAUGUGCAAAAUGUCGAUUACAAUUGGACGCUCACAAUUGAUGGCAGUGGCGCGGCUGUUACGGCACCAAAGUCGGAUAUACCCGCCAAGAAUGGAGAUGAAUUGAAAGUUUUGCAAUUAACUGACAUUCACUAUGAUCCGCUGUAUGUGCCUGGAGCUUUGGCUGCAUGUGACGAACCACUGUGCUGUCAGCGCCAUGCCGAUACUGCAACGAGUGAAGAGGCGGCGGGUUAUUGGGGCGAUUAUCGUGAUUGCGAUGCACCGUGGCAUAUGAUUGACGACGCUUUAAAUCAUAUCAAAAAUACACACACUCAAAUCGAUUACAUUUAUCAAACCGGCGAUGUUGUGGAUCAUAUGGUUUGGGGUACUUCCGUUGCGAAAAACAAUGAUAGUCUGUGGAAAUUCAACAAUCGUUUAGCUGAGGUCUUUCCCGGUGUACCAGUAUAUCCCUGUAUUGGUAACCAUGAACCACAUCCAUUGAAUCUUUUCAGCCCAAAUGAUGUGCCGGAGAAUAUCAAUACUCUUUGGCUCUAUGAACAAUUAUAUGAACAAUGGUCUACCUGGUUGCCAGCCGAUACAAAGGAAACCAUUCUGAAGGGUGGUUACUAUACAGUGUCACCAAAAGCCGGUUUCCGUGUGAUCGCAUUGAAUAACAAUGAUUGUUACACCUCAAACUAUUGGCUGUACUACGAUGGCACGGAUAAGAUUCCACAACUGCAGUGGCUUCAUGACACUUUGUUAGCCGCUGAAAAGGCGGGCGAAUAUGUGCAUAUACUGGCGCACAUUCCCUCCGGUGACGGUAGUUGUUGGUCGGUAUGGGCGCGUGAAUUUAGCAGAUUGGUUGAACGCUUCAGGAACACAAUUAGUGGCAUCUUCAAUGGACAUUCGCACAAUGAUGAAAUGCUUAUGUAUUACUCCGAGAAAGGUCACGCGGUUUCCAUUGCUUGGAAUGGUGGCGCACUAACAACAUAUUCGAAUAAGAAUCCAAAUUAUCGACUGUACCAUGUGGAAGAGAAGAGCAUGCAAGUUGUAGAUCACGAAACAUGGAUCUUCAAUUUAACAGAAGCCAACGCUAUUGGUGACAGUCAAACCCCAAAAUGGUUCAAAGAAUACGAUUUCUCGACUGAGUUUACAGCAAAUCUAAGUCCAGCUGGCAUCGAUAUUUUGCUCGAUGAAAUGGCUGAGAACCCAAACGUUCUUAGAAAGUAUUGGACUUAUAAAAUGACAACUGCUGAUCCGAAAAUGAAAGAGGGUUGUGAUAGAUCUUGUCUGCUUAGCACGAUCUGUCGCAUCGUGGUACAUGUGAAUACGGAAAGAGCGCGUUGUGAAGAGCUGCAAGUCAAACUGACUUUUGCUUUGGACAAUGAAACUACUACUACAAGUACCACCACUACAGCGGCUACCUCAACGCCUUCAACCGUUGCACCGACAACGGAAGAAACCACUACCAAAAGUCCUGGUGGUGGCGGUGCGGCUUCCUCAGGCAGAUCAAUAGUUAGUCUUGCACUGGCAGCAAUACUGGCAAUCAUGCAGCAUGUUUGAAAACCUAGAAUUUGGGCACUGAAUGGAUGUCUGCUAAUUUAUACUCGUAUUACUCCUAAUUUAUUAACAUUUUUCUACUAACUAUUAAAUUCGGUCGGACCGAAUGUUAGAAAUUAAUAAAAAAAAGUAUUAAAUAGUUAA